UGCAGAAGGGGAAGGAGACUCCGGAGAGCAUUGCUGGUGGUUGCUGCGUUUGAUACACAGCCAGUGGAAACCUCUUCGAAGACAUGAGAUGUGAAAUAUAAAAAUCGGACCAUUUGGUUAGUGUGUGUUCCCUGCCGACCGCCGCUUCAAAUCACAUGUCGCCGACCUGUCCCCCCUUAGAGGAUUCUGAGUGUGAAGAGAUACCUGAUGAGGAAGUCAGGAUGAGAGCUUCAGAGAACCUGCAGUCCUUCCUAGAGGACAGGGAGAAGUCUGACAUCCUUCUGGAGCUGCAUUUAGAGGCCCUGAAAACUUCACACCGACAACAUCUUCAGCAGAUCAAGCUGCAGCACCAGGCUAGUCUAGAGAGCCGGACUCUGCAGAACUCACUGCUCUCCACAAACUCUAACACUCCACUAAAGACCAACAUACCACAGGGAAAUCUCCAUAGUGAUGAAGGCAACACCAAAAGCAGAGGAAGUAUUUACCUGUUUAAUAGACCACAGAGAUCCUCUUCCACACCUGACCUGAGCUCCAAGAUGAGCCAGCACAAGCCUCUUAACUCUUCUGGAACCUUGAGAUCUACCAUGACCCUUUCACAAGAUCCCUGGAAAAAAACACACCUCUGUGACAAAGAACCUAAACAAGUCACAACUGACAAAGAAGAACUGGACUGGGCUGAGUGUCAGAAACAGUUUCGAGUAUCACCUGUACCGGAGCACAUCUUCAAACUCCUUUAUGACAAUAUUAUAAAGGAGCAGGAACGUGUGAGGCAGGAGGGACGGCAGCAGAGGAAAGAGUUCCUUCUAUCCAUACAGAAACCCUUUAGGUUUCACCAAAGAGAGAAGGGGAGAAGGGACAGGCUGAAGCCAGGGACCAGUGCUGAUAAACUUAGUGAAAACAAAAAGGAUGAUGGAAGGAGAAGAUGCAUACCUAAAGAUGUCACAGACCCAGCAAUCUCUGAACAGUUGAAAGAAAAGGAGCAACAGAGGAAGAUCCGCAUCCAGGCCAGGGCUCAGGAGACUCUCAGGGCAUCCUCUGCCCCUAUCCAGAGCCUGAGUACCAGAGCCGAGCACCAGGCCCGUAGCUCGCAGAGAACCAAGACCAAAGUGCUGGGAUUCUUAGAGCAGAGUCCAUCUUUCCGACCAAAGAUAAAUGCUAAGGUGCCAGAUUUUGAUAAGUUGCACCAGGCCUUCCAGAAAGAGGUGAUGGAGAGAACAGAAAGGAGAGAGGUCACUCUCUGCCAGCCGUUCCAGCUACAAACAUCAGCUCUUCAACCACGUCACAGCAGAAGCAGCACAGACAAAUCACCAAAAUAUAAUGACAUGAACAUUUUGAAGAGGAGCAAUUCAUUUAGUGGUUUGACAUCAUUAUCCAGAGAUACUCUUCCAACUUACAUAACUGAUGCUGCCAGGAAAAGAUCUAUGGCCAUAAGAAAGUCUCUGGAGCUGAGAGACAGUAAGGAGCAGCAAAAUGCAGAGUGGAUGAGACAACACAGAAUGAAGUCUCAAGCCAUGAGCAGAGGAGUUGUAGCAAGGGCCAAGGCCAUGGACCCCCACAGGAGUCUGAAAGAGGUCUUUCAGGAGAAGCUCAAGCAGCAUAGGCAAGCUGAUCAAGAAAGGGUGAAAGAUUAUAAAAAAGAACUGAUUGAGAUGAAAGCUCGAGUCUCAGCACGUCCUUACCUCUUUGAACAGGUGUCACAGAGAGAUGCUAAGAGUGAUGCCGAGCGCAGAUACAGAAGUACUCUAGAGCAGGAGGGCCUGGAUGAAAAUUUUGUAAGAUCAACGGGAGAAAAUGAUGAAAGCCAAUCAUCAGAAAAUACAGACACUGAUGGCAAAAGUAAUGUUGGCGAUCACAGCUUUGAAACUGACACUCAGCACAGGGAAGGAAGCGGGGAUGACAGCGUCCGAAGUGAGGAUGGAACAGAAGACGAGAGCGUGAAUCCCUAAGGGAAAGGAGUCAGCUGACAGUGAGGGAGCAGUUGGUAUUUGGUUAACACAGCAUGUCAGAUACAAGAACACUCGCACUUUCCUUCAAUCAGUUCGGCAUUUGAGUCUUGUUGAAAAUGUGGUAAGCCAUGUAAAUCUCAGAGAUAUAAUUUUUUUUCAUGGCUUGUGUUUAAAUGUUUACAUGUCAUGUUUGUAAGUGAUUUUUAUAGGAUGAUUAUGAUUCUACUUCGACAAGAUGGGUUCUGGCUGUGCAACGUGCUUAUUAAGAUGAAAAUGUCAAAGGCAAUUUGGGACUUGUGGAUCUAAAUUUGUUGGGGGCUACAGAGAGACACUUGCAAGCAAAAAAUAUCUUCACAAAAAAAGAAAACGAAUAUUAAAGGUUUUGCAUUUGCUUGUCUUCUGCUUAUUGCGCAUUAAAUAAUAUUUGAUGCCAUUGCAUGUUUUAAAAUCUGUGGUGAUGUGUCUGGAAGGUUGUACAGUGGAAUAUUAACAAACAGUAAACAAGGAAAAGUUUACUCAGGGAUUCACUAAAUCCAUUUUCAUUCCUCCCUUCUGACAGCUGCAGAGUGAAGGUGAUGAUGAUGGACAACUGCAACACUGUAUUUCUGUACUGUAAUUAUUACCUAUAACUGUCACAGAGGAAAGCUUUUUUCUCUGAGCUCAAUUUGAAUAAAUACGGAAAUAACAAAAUAUGAGAAAGUUCCCUUUAGGACAAGGCACAUCUGAAAUUCACAUUGCUGAGAUCUCAAUCUUGGGGAUGAGGUCUGGCUAUUUUGAGAACCACAGCACCACUAAAGUCAACGAUGGUUAUUUAUCUAUCAUAGUAAAAGAAACCCUCAUGUCACUGUGCUGCCCCAGCUGCCUGCCACAUCAAGAGCUUAUACUCUGUCCAGAUUUACAGUGAACACUCCCUCCAACCUAUUUCUGAAUGCCUUGGUGAUAUAUGUUUCAUAAAUUAAAAGCAAAAAAGUUCCAGCCCAUUUCAAUGCAUUUCAUAAAUCUUUUGUAGUUGUUUAAAUUAAACUUCCAUUGCAGUAUAAUCUGAAAAUCAGAUUCCAUCUAGCAUCCUGAAGUCUUCUUUAUUUUGUUUCUUCCUGGGAACCCUUCAAGUUUCUCUUUAAAAAUGUCCAAAGGGGUCCAAGUAGAACCCCUUUUGGAAGCUAAGAAUCUUAAUGAAUCUAAGGAACCCACGAGUAGCCAUUUUAAUAAAGUGUUUUAUUUUUCUAAAAGUGUAUUUGUUUCCUUGAAAGUUCAAAUAUAACAAAAUUCAACUGGAAAAGCUCUAAAAACUAAAUAGAGGUUUGGAACAUGCAUUAUUUUUAAAAUAUAUUAUAUUGUACACUCUCUUAGACCAAAAAGUUAAAUCUAUAACCCUGAAAGGUUCUUCAGCUCGUGCUUAUGGGGGAGCCUUUAAAAAAUAAAUAUAGGGUAAGUCCAUAGCUAUCCAAAGAACCCCCAAGAACCAUUUCUUAUUGGAAGCUUUUAAAAUAACUUGAUGAUAUUACACUGGCACAUCUAACAUUAUUGAACAAAAUUUAAAUGGAACAUCAGGGAUUUGUAUAACAUGCUAAUGUUGCAUGUUUUACUGAUAGAGUGGAACCUUCCUGAGGAGCCGAGCAUCACACAUGGUUCCAUAAACAACAGAUUCACUGUGUAUCUGCUCAUGCAUUCAGUCAAGGUGCUGUGCAGCUCGGGAUCUGAGAGACAUGUUUGGCCUGAGCAUUUAGCAUCACAUGUUGGAAAGUUCAAGGGCUCCUGCAAGGUCGUCAUGGCAACUGUGCUCUCUCCUGCUACCCUGUCAUUUCCAAGCACACUCAGUUUCCCGACAGAUUGUCCUUCACGAUGACAGCACUUCACUCAACCUAGCGCAUGCAGUCGAUUUGUCUUUUGAACUCGCUGAAGAGGAAUUCCAGUUAUUAGAUGGAUAAUCCUGUAACACAUAAUGUUCUGAAAAUACAUGCAAUGAACAUUUAGAGCAAACGUGAUGAGAUGUGAUCUUCUGAGGUUUUACACUGAGGAAAAUCCAUUUCUGAAUUUUUACUUGUCUUUUUUUAAACUAACUUAAAAUAUGUAUCAGAUCUCAAGCAAAGACAGUUCAGUGCAGUACUCAAUGUUCUCUGCGCACACAUCACUUCUGUUCAUUAAGUGUGUGUGGUGCUGCUCCUUAAUACAGCUAUAUUUCAGUUCUACAGGUUUCCGUUCAGUUAUAAACCCUUUCAAUGUGUCAUAAUGGGGCAAAAGUAAGGCUGAAAUAUUUUAACAACACAAUGUAGGAGACUAUAUAUUGGGCACAGGGGUUUACAUUGUGAACAUCUUUCAGAUGAUCUUCCUCUCAUUUUUGACAA